CUAACUGUUGUUUAUUUAUCAAAAAUGUACCAAUUAUCUUGAGUUUUCCUACAUAAAUACCUUAAAUUUCCACAAAAUGUCGUUUUCGUCGGUAAACAUAUCGGUUGAGGCGCCGAUAGAAAACCAAAUACAGGAAAUCACUUACGAUGGGACGGAAAUAUAUCAGCCGCCUUUGAGUUUGUCGGAAAGUUUGGCUAAGUAUGCACAGAAGAUAGAUUUCAGUAAAACCGCCGAUACAGACAUAAAGAAAGAGCCUGAUUUGAGUGAAGAUGCUAAGAGUGAUUCGGACAGUAAAGACGCGUUUCAAUCGUCGUUAUGGCCUUGGGAUUCUGUUAGGAACAAGUUAAGGGAUGCUUUUCAGGAAGUUUGCGUAUUAGCUGAUGUUUUAGCAGUCGCCAAAGAGAAAAGAUACAUGGUUUUGGACCCUGUACAGCAAGAAACCCAAGAGACCAAGCCAAUGGUGCAAAUAUAUGCCAGAAAAAUCGCUUUGACUGGGGCAGCAAAGGUUUUAGUUACUGGUGCUGAGAGGUUGAAAUCCUCGCAAACCGAGUUGGCGCGUAAUAGAACAACACCUGGUUUCCACAUUGAAUUACUUCGCCUACGACAAAAUUGGAGACUGAAAAAAGUCUCCAAUACAAUCAUAGGGGAUUUGAGUUACAGAACUGCAGGGUCCAAGUAUUUGCAGAGUGGGACUUUUGAGGUUACCAAAGCAGAGGAUGACGAUAAAACUAAUAGCCCACCAAGCAGCCCGUUACCUGGUAGUAACCCCACCCCCAAAACAAAUAGUGCUUUGAGGGUGCAGAUACCAUCGGAGCUGCAAGGGGUUGCCUACAUUGAGGUUAUGUGCCAAAAAGACCAAGAAGAUUUGUGCAGUAUUAAUGUCAACUUGCUGGGCUCUGGUCCUACAGCUUCAAACACUGACAUGCACUGGCAACAAAAAUUAGAGGCCGCGCAAAAUGUUUUAUUUUGCAAGGAAUUGUUUAACCAGUUGGCUAAAGAAGCUGUUCAACUGCAAGCUCCAAUACCACAUAUGGUUGUUGGGAAUCAAAUUAUGGCAACUGUUUUGCCAGGAAUACAACUUAUAAUAGGAUUGUGUCAUUCUGCAAAUGGUGAAAAAAAGCAGGAAAAACCUGCUCCUUCCAAAAGUGAUCACGAUCACGUUUUGGAACAUAGUUUGCAUCAACUGUUGAGGGAGGUUCACCAUAAAAAUACGCAUCAUCCUUUCCCACACCCUGCAACAGGGCCGCUGGGGCCUUCUAAAAAAAGGAUGUUGGCUGGUCCGAUGGCGGCCGACCGCCACGAGCUGCUCGAGAUGACGAGAACCGACACGCUGCUGGAGCAGAUCGUCAAGCAGGCGCAGCACUUCAUAAUGCGCAUGCGCACCGAGUACGUGCUGGACACGAUCGCGAAAGAGGUCAAGGACCCGCUGAUCUGCUCGCACUGGAACACGUUGAACAGCCCGACGCAGUCGUGCGUGAAGAUCAACAUUUCCACGCACGGCUACGACGCGGUGUGCCGCACGCCCCUCGUCAUACACGUCGGCGAGAAGAGCCUGAAGUGCAUCUGCCGCGACGGCAAGGUGAUGAACAUGAGCUACGAGCCGCAAGAGCUCAGGGACCUGAUUUUCUGCCACAUCAAUCAGCAUCAGAUCCUGGCCGUGCAAGCUCUGGCCAGGACGAUGGGGUGGCAAGCUUUAGGUAACUCGAAUCAUUUGGGCACGGGCCCAGUGGAGCUCCUAGGCAACGCCUCAUCGUGCCUCCUGGUCUCCCCCACGGGGGACCGCAUAAUAGCGGUAAAAUGCGAGCCCAACCAAACGGGAAUCCAGGCCGGCAUCCAGGUCUCGGUGGCCCACUCCCCCCGCACAGAUUUCUUCCCGAGCCGUUUGGUCACCGAACGCAAAUGGGAGCAUCUGGGCGGACAAUUCAGAGACGUGCGUCUCGAUAAGAUGGAGGGAAGGAAUUUCCUGCAUAAAAUGGAGCUGUUGAUGGCCAGUUUGACCAGCAAUUUGUAAAAUACGUUUAUUUAAGGUUAAUUUAGGUGUGAAUACUUGUUUACAAUAAAUAUUAAGCACGAA